ACCAUGGAAGUUUCCUCACAGUUCAGUCCCACCCCUUAAAAGCAUAUAAACAAAACAAAAAUGAAAUUGAAUAUGUCCAUUCUACUUUCACCACGAAACCUUCCCUUUCUCUCUUUCAACGCUUUCCUUUCCCUUUCUUUUUCCUUUCUUUCCUUAUUCUCAUUGCUAUAAAACCCAUCAUUUCUAUCAUUAGCAAGAAAAAAAAACCAGACCCAUUUUUUAUUUUUAUUUUUUAAAAUUUUUUCCUGCUUGAAAUUGCUCUCUCUGAUAACCCCAAAUCCUCAAGUUUCUUGUGGAGAGAGAAAAAACAGAAACCCAAAAACAAAAAAAGGGGAAAAAAAUUCUAAAUUCAGUAUCCAUUUUAAUCGACAAUUUAAAAGGAUGGGUCAAGCUUUUCGCAAGCUCUUCGAUACCUUUUUCGGUAACUCAGAGAUGAGGGUUGUGAUGCUUGGCCUUGAUGCAGCUGGAAAAACAACUAUAUUGUACAAGUUGCACAUUGGAGAAGUUUUAUCAACUGUCCCCACUAUUGGAUUCAAUGUGGAGAAAGUUCAAUAUAAGAAUGUGAUGUUUACAGUUUGGGAUGUUGGUGGACAAGAGAAACUAAGGCCACUCUGGAGGCACUACUUUAAUAACACAGAUGGAUUGAUCUACGUUGUUGAUUCCUUGGACCGAGAGAGGAUUGGGAAAGCUAAAAAUGAAUUUCAGACUAUUAUCAAUGAUCCAUUUAUGCUCAACAGUGUCAUCUUGGUGUUCGCCAACAAACAGGACAUGAAAGGAGCAAUGACUCCAAUGGAAGUAUGUGAAGGAUUAGGCCUUUUUGAUCUGAAGAACCGAAAAUGGCACAUACAAGGUACUUGUGCACUUAGAGGAGAUGGUCUCUAUGAAGGCUUGGACUGGUUAGCCAGUACGCUCAAGGCAAUGAGAGCUGCUGGAUAUUCAUCGAUAGGUUCAUCAUCAUUCUCAUAAACACAGAUGCAUCAUCAUCAUUGAAGCUUGUAAGCCGUGUUUAAAUCACUAGGAAGUUCGAUGUUGUAAUCGAAGUGUUUUUUUUUUUAAUCGGUUUAGUCUAAAAGCUGAUGAAAGUCUAGUGGGGGGGUGUUUCCCCUUGCAUCUUAUAUGGCACUUAGAUGAGUGAGUUUCUACCAACGUGUGCAUAUUAAAAAAGGCAGGUAUUACAUCAAAUGAAUUUCAUUUGCUUACCAGGGAUAUUUAGAUUAUUGACCCAUAAAACUCAUAUAAAGUGGAAAAUGAUUGUCAUUUUGAGUUUUCUUUUGUUUUUUCAGUCAAGAAUUUGAGGUUGCAAUGCUUGGUUUCUGGAAUUUUCGUCGGAUACGAUUAUCGCCUUUUAAAGAUGAUUGUAUGAACUAUGCUAAUCGUAUGUAAAGUAAAAUUAUUAUACAUUAUAUCA